GCGAGAUAUCGGAGUAUAUCAAAAAUUUCAAGGAUAUAUCACUUCCAUAUAUAGUAAUGAUCAUAAAAUAAUUUGAGUAUGCUUGGUUGCAAGGUCACCUAUACUAAUUUACAGCACAAAUCCAAUAAUACAACAACCAAUUGAUUGUAGAUCCAGUCACGAAGCCUAGACGUGCUGCAUAUCUCACAUCACAAUGGCUCUUUUGAAUGCCCUAAGCCUAGUAAAUUGGCCAGCUUUGGGAUUCACAGUGCUACCCAAUUUGGGAGGGAUAGCUGGAGUUUUCAUCUCCAAAAAUCCAAUCGAGACAUGGUACAAAACGUUGAAACUACCUUCAUGGAGGCCCCCAAACUGGGCUUUCGGCCCUGUUUGGACAACCUUGUAUUGUGGAAUGGGCUAUGCAUCUUAUAUGGUCUAUCGUGAUGGAAAUGGAUUGAUGGGUCCAGCAAGGUUGCCCCUCACUGUAUAUGGGGUGAAUAUUGUUGCAAACUGGGCAUGGACUCCAAUAUUCUUUGGCGCAAAGAAUCUCAAACUAGCCUUGUAUGAGAUUCAGUUGAUUAAUGCUACUGCUCUGGGAAUGACAUACCUGUUUUACCAAAUAAACCCAAUCGCUGGACUACUCAUUGUGCCUUACUGUAUAUGGUUGACUUUGGCUACCACUCUGAAUUAUGUGAUUUACAUGGAUAACAAAACAAAGAAAAAACGAUUUAGGUCAAAGAUAAGAGAUGCAUUUCUUUCGAACAAAUGAUUCAAAUUAGAGAUGCUUUUGUCAAUGAGGAAAUAUUUAGAUAAUAAAUCAUUUUGAGAUUUGAAUCUUUUUCGUGUAUCAAAUCAUCAAGAUAUUGUAUAUGUUAAAAAUGGGUAUGAUUUCAAGUUACAAAAUAGGUAGAUUGAGAAGUGAAUUAUUCAAAACUCUAAAUUAUCUCCUAUUCAAUUUUUUUUUCAAAUCCCAUAUAAAAAUAAUACAUAGGAACUGUUCUCCAUUGCUUUUCAUCCCUCAUUGGGCCUCUGGAA